AUGUCAGAUAAGGAAGAAGAGCAUCUGGUAGACGAGGCGACUUAUUCCAUCGAGGCCCAACCUCGACCGGUCCCACAACCUGUCGCUGGACCACGUGAUACACAUCAAGCGAUCGCAGAUGGCCAAGAUAGCUUCCUAGUCGAACUGGCGCUCUCGCAGGACUCACUUGAAGACAUUUCUGAUCAAAGUUCGCAAGGAGACGCACCAGACACGCCAGAUACGAUUGUAAGAGACGAACCAAGAAUGACAGACGAAAACGAAGAGAGCACGACUGAGUAUGAUUACGAGUCCUUGGAGAACUCCAGGACAUCAUUUGGACAACCCUACCCCUCCGGAAGCGAAAAUCAAGAAAGAGUUUUUACAAGAAAUACACUGGAGUCAGAAGACAUCACAUCUCGGCUCCAACCACUGAUUCCGUCCGGUGCACCGAGUUUCAUCGCCGAUGUCUUCGAAAAAGUCAUUCCAGAGCUGCAACAAUCCCUCGACGCAGAAUACAAACGCUCUCAAUCUCAGCUGGAGAUCGAACACAAAGCUCGACUACAGUCUCUCCACUCGCAACAUCAUCAUCAGCAGUUCGAGCUUUACGAAAAAGUCAUCGCGUUGCAGGAUCAAGUUCAAAAGCUCGAGGACGAAUUGAAAACUCGCAACAAAAUUGUCGAUAAUCUCAGCAGAAUCGUGAUUCGUAAAAUGGAGGAGCGAACCAUCGCAGAAGUUCUAGCACAUUGGAGGCAGCAGUGCGAGCUCCGAAGGGAGGAGAAAAAGCGGCUCAAAAUGGUGGAGGAGCUUCAUCGUCGAAAUACGCUGCGAAAAUAUAUUAAUUUGUGGAAGAACUCUAUUAAAUCCAAGUGGAAAGCCAAGGUCGAAAAAGUCUGCAAAGAGCGAGCGACUGAAAUUUGCAUCAAGCUCAAAGACGAUCUUACUUGUCAAAUAAAUAAACUCGAGCAGGAAGUAAAAACGCGCGACGAGAUACUAGAGAAAAUGGAGAAAAAACACGGCAACGUCGAGGAAAAUCUCAGCAAAGCACUGAUGAGAGGUAUUUGCGCGUUGAACAUGGAGGCGAUGAGUGUUCUACAAAAGCCGCAUGUUGAUGGACAUCCGUCAAUAGAAAAUCUCGAGUUUGGAGGUUCCAAUCAGCAGAGAACUGCUGGAGGAUAUCCUCUUUCAAACUCAUCUGGCUCAAGGCAGAACUCAAUUGUGAACUCGAUCGCUCCCCAGCCUCGCGCAGCCGCAGUCGCCUCAAACGUUUAUCUCGACACUGUUAGAAAUUCAAGCGAAUUCACUGGAUCGAUGGCUGGUACGCGCGGCCGAGUGGCACCGAAGCCAUCGAAGGGACCAGUCACUUACAAGCAUGAUCCGCGGGACGGAGCGCCCAGACGCGUCAGAGAGCCGCGAAAGCCUAACGAGCCAUGGAAGCCCGUUGGAAGCAAAACGAAACGAGAACCAGAGCAGCAAAGACCAUCAACCGCUCCACGACAUGGGUUUACUGCCGUCAAACACUACUAG